AUGACUUGUGUUGGGGGCUGCACAGGAGCUCGGGAUCGGAAAUGCUCCUUUGAACAGGUGGAACUCAAUGGAAAGCCGGCUUUCCGAUCUGACCGGUUCUUCUCCGAUUUCCACAUCACUGCUGAUGGAAUGGAGUUCCGGUGCCGAAAAGAGCCUGAGCGGGCAUUGUUGGUUCACCGAACCUUGGACUUGGAGGGGAACGUCUAUUGGAAAAGCGAUGGCCAUCUUUGUGACGAUCUUCAUGGGAUGCUCUUUACGGUUGCCCAGUGGAAAGCAGAUGACCAAGUGCUGGAAAUAGAUGGAAAAGAGGUUGCCAAGGUGACCAUGGAGAACUAUUUUUGCCCUGACUUCUUCCUAGCCUGCUACUUCUGCUGCCGCGGUGAGCCCGAGCUUUGCGACUACGUCUUGCUGAGUGCCAAAGCGCAGAAAGAACGAGAUGAGUUGAACAAGAAGGCCAUGCAGGUGCGGCCACAGAGCUGGAGGGAACAGCCGAGUUGUUUUGUUCCCAAAUUAUGCUAG